AAAAUGCAGCCGCAGGAUAUUUUUUUAUGCUACGGAGAGAGAGUUCUAUUUUCUUUUACUGUUACAAUAACAUCGAAUGGUUAACAAAAAAAAAAAAAUAGCUCUGUGGGUUGCACAUGAACUAGCCACUGUAAACAAAUCCGCUGAACAUCUUAAGUACCAAUAUUUUCAUGGACCAUCCCUAACUGAACAAAGGACGUGAUGUCAAAAAAAAAAAAAAAAAAAACUAAACAAAGGACGUGUAUAUUCUUCAAAUGUUCAAUCUCACUGUUUUAACGUGUUCGACUUCAAGAUUCCAAUCACAAAAUCUCUAAAACAUAACAUAACCUAAGAAUCAAAUGCUGGGAUGGACCAGAAGGGCACAAAAAUUCUAGAAUAGACCUUUUUUUUUUUUUAAUUUUUUAAUGAAUUAAAAAUAAAUCAAGAUUAAAUAGAAAAUACCACAAAACCUAAAACUUCAAUAUAUUUACAUAUCCAACCAGUCACCUACCCACUUACAAUUAACCCGACCCGACCCGACCCGUGUUUUAGUAACCCUAAAUCCCUAAAUUCUUUGUCUUCGACAAAACCAAUGAAACCUACAGAGUAAAUCACGAUCUCCCUCUAUCUCCCAUUACUAAUCAAACUCGGCAACAAUCAUCUUGAAUCUGAUCUAUUUCUCCAAUUUCGUGUCACUCAUUGAAAAACUAUGUCUCCAAAGACUCGACUCGCCGAAAAAAAUAACAAAGAAGAUGCGCUGGAGAAGAAGAAGAACGAGUCAAUGGCGAAGAAGAAGAAAGUUGCGGCGGAGAAGAAGAAGAAGGACUCCGCGAGAAAGAAAAAAGAAACAUCAGUGAAAAGAAGGAGAGAGGCCGUGAAAAAAAAAAGAGAUGCGGCGAAGAAGAAGACUGAAACCGAGACCGCAAAGAAGAAGAGGAAGCGAAACAGUGUUGUCGACGGUGGGUCCUCGUUGAAUCCAACCAAGCGGGCUCGGAACACCGCAUCUCCACCGGAACAGAAACAUCAAGGCGAUCAUUCCCCAGCACCAUCAGCGGAAUUGCCUUCUCAGGCCGAUGUCGAAGGUACACCAGGCCCAACGCAUCCGAGUGAGCCACAAAAAUCACCUACUCAGGCACCUAGUGAGGCUGAGAAUCCACUGCAACCUCCAGUAACCUCACUUUCAAUCUCAGAAUCUGCCACAAAUUGUCCUUCACAUCGUGUAGACAAUCACGAUGAGGAGAUUGUAUCCAACAAUAGAGAUUCACACACACCCGAGGCUGCCAUUGACCAUACUGCGCAAAGAACGGAGUCUGAGGAUAUGGCGGUAAACCCCCUUGGACCAAAUGAGUUUUUCUUCAAACCGAAGGAUUAUCUGAAGCCUUGUAAGCUUCAAUCAAGAUGCCACCAAUACAAAUUCAUGACGAUCCUUGGGGGGUUAUAUGAAUCAGAAAAGAGGUGGUUUCUCGAACACCCACAGUUCAAGCACUUGUUCCACAUGGUUUGCACCUCAACUAGAAAGAUGAUGGGAUUGUGGAUGUUGCUACUCCGCACCAUUGUUACGCAUAAGAGUCGGCAAGCGUGGUUUUCUGUAAAUGGUGUUCCUAUUCGGUACUCGAUCAGGGAACACGGUCUCAUCUCAGGUUUAUACUGCCACCAGUAUCCUGAAAAUUAUCAGAGUGGCUUAAGCAUGAUGUUUGCGGAGAAACAGUUUAGGAAAAUGUUCAUGAAGAAGCUGAAGAAGCUGAAGAAUAAGAAGAAGAAACCAGAGGAAGAAGAACUAAAGGUGACAGUUCAGGAUGUGGAAGAGAAGCUUUCGCAGAUGAAGCUAGAUCGUACCAAUGACCGGCUGAAGGUGGCUAUUCUGUACUUUUUGGCCACAAUUAUAGAUGAGAAGUCCAAAUAUGGAGGCCCCAUCGAUCCUUUUCUUCUGCAAAUUGUUGAUGAUCUAGAGCUGUGUAAUAAAUUUCCAUGGGGACGUUUCACGUUUGAUCACUGCAUGAAAGAUAUCAAACAUGUGAAGGAUCAUUUUAGAAGAGGACUGCCCGAAAACCCGAAAUGGACAUUUCCUGGGUUCAUCAACCCUUUAGAGAUAUUGGCAUUUGAAUGCAUUCCUGUCCUGAAGGCAGAAUUUAGAGAACCUGUGCCAAACUACGACCCUAGUUGUCCAAGAAUGUGCAAGUGGAAGUUCACAUCAACUGGGACAACAUGAUAUGCACUGGAAGAACUUUAUAAGGCUCUUGGAAACACAAAGACAAUUUCUAGAAUUUUGCCACCAAUUGAACGUGAGCAACAAGUUAUCUACCAAACAAUGGACGAAGGAUGUUGGGAAGAUAUGGAACUUUUAGAUGAUGGGGAUGAUGAUGAUGCAAUUGUUGAUGUAUGGAACAAGUUCAUAGUUCAGGAAAGAGGGCAGAUAUUUUGGGAGGAUAUCUGCAAGGAAGAUAUUAAGUCUCGAAGUCUAGAGAUAGAACAGCUAGAAGGGGAUCAAC